AUGUUCUCAGCAUUGAUUCCAAUUGCCAAAUUACUUUUGAUUUCUCACAAGUAUUCUCCAAUUGCCCUUACUAGUGAUCCUGCACUAUAUGCCCCGAAGAAACCAUACAGUCAAAGCUCGAUAUAUAUAAAAAUAAACUCAGAGCUCGAUAUCACACCCACUGGUUUUUUUAAAGACCAGUUGCCGUUUUUUGAAAUAAAGUUGGUCGCACUAAAUUUCCUUAUACGGAACAAGGAAACACAGAACCUUUUCAAAAAGCGAUUUAUCAAAAGCAGAAAAUAUGGGGGUCCCAAUGAAGUAUUAACAUCGAAAGUAAAUGUGUUUAUGAGUUAUAAUUAUGCUUAUAAUAAUCCACUGAUGUAUCCCAUAUUAUGGUGAUAUCAUCAUAUGAAAUAUAAUCACUAUCAUGCAUGCUAAACCUGUGUGUUAAAUAAUAAAGUAAUCGGUAGACACCUUU